AGGAAGAUGCUUUGUUUCCAUUUCUUUACGUUCUUGAUACUUAACAAUAACUACGAAAUUAAUAAUAAUGAAAAGAUUUAAAACUUAUUUAAAAAUAACCGUAAUAUUUGUAAAUCAAGUUUUAUUUUUGUUAGGUCUAAUUGUUUUGGUAUCCAGCAUCAUUUUGAAAGAUGAUAUUGAAGAUAUUGAAGAUUUAUUGGACGAACAGGUUUACAAUUUACAAAAUAUCCCAAUUUUAUUGACACAAUUUAGUUUCAAAUCAUUACUUGGCAUCCUAACUGCAUCGAUGAUCAAUGGAAUUGUUGUCAUAGUAGUGUCUUUUGUGGGUUGCUAUGGAGUUUAUUAUGAAAGCAUCUCGUCAUUGAAAUUCCAUCUAAUAUUUUCAAGUAUUGCUACUUUUCUUGAUUUUAUCGUAUUACUUGUACUAUUCGUUGAAACUAGAAAGAUGCAGUCUACAAUUGAUGAAGACAUCUGUGAUUUGAUUCUAAAGAUUGAUGCAAUGGGAUAUAUUAGCAUAAUAGUACAUUCUAAUGUAUGA